GUUUAUGUGUCAGUUGAUUUGGGGAAAAAGUGGAUCCUGCUGCAGGAGAGAGUUUCAAAAGAUCAUAUUUUUUGGGCUGUUGCUGGAGUUGAUGGAGACCCUGAUUUAGUUCAUAUGGAAAUCCAGGACACUGGUGGAGGUUAUCGUUACAUCACUUGCCAGAUUCAAAAUUGUUCUGAUAAGACAAUGGCAGUCCAGUUUGCUGGUGGCACUGAUCGGGAUUCCCUGACUGUGCAGGAUGACUACAUAUUUCUUCAGACAACAUCAGGAAACCGGACCAAGUAUUACGUGUCUUACCGUCGAAACGGCUUCGUGCAGAUGAAGUUACCGAAAUACGCGUUGCCAAAAGAUUUACAGAUAAUCAGUACGGAUGAAAACCAAGUAUUUGUGGCUGUUCAGGAGUGGUACCAAACAGACACAUACAACCUGUACCAGUCUGACCCCCAAGGUGUUUACUACUCCAUCCUGCUAGAGAAUGUCCGGAGCACAAAACAACCAGAAGAGAAUGUCCUGAUAGAUAUUCUAGAGGUCAGAGGUGUAAAAGGAGUCUUUUUGGCCAACCAGAAGAUUGAUGGGAAAGUUACAACUCUAAUAACCUACAACAAAGGCCGUGACUGGGAUUUUUUAAACCCUCCAGACACUGAUAUGAAUGGCAAACCAACAAACUGCAAGCCUCCUGAUUGCUACCUUCACCUCCAUCUUCGCUGGGCAGACAAUCCAUACGUGUCAGGAACAGUCCAUACAAAGGAUACUGCACCGGGGCUGAUCAUGGGGGCAGGUAACCUGGGGUCACAGCUGGUUGAAUAUAAAGAAGAGAUGUACAUAACAUCCGACUGUGGGAACACGUGGCGUCAGGUCUUUGAAGAAGAACAUCACAUCCUUUACUUGGACCAUGGUGGAGUUAUUGUGGCCAUCAAAGACACCUCAAUCCCUCUAAAAAUACUCAAAGUCUUUGGACAUAUUAGUUACCGUUCCGACUGGGAGCUGGUGAAGGUAGACUUCAGACCAUCCUUCCCCAGGGAGUGCACUGAUGAUGACUAUGAAUCUUGGGACCUCACAAAUCUACAGGGUGAUCGUUGCAUCAUGGGUCAACAAAGAAGCUUUCGGAAGAGGAAGAUUUCAUCAUGGUGCAUUAAAGGGAGGAGUUUCACGUCAGCUCUCACAUCCAGAGUUUGUGAAUGUGCGAACUCUGACUUUUUAUGUGAUUAUGGGUUUGAGCGCUCUGCAGCUCUGAAAUCAGACUCUAGCAAAUGUUUUGCUGACUUCUGGUUUAACCCAGAGGCACCUCCUGAAGACUGUGUGCUGGGACAGGCGUAUACAAGCAGCACUGGGUACAGAAAAGUUGUUUCUAAUGUGUGUGAAGGUGGUGUGGACCUGCAGCAGAACUUAGCACAACAUAUGUGUCCAUUGAUUGCUCCCAAAGGACUCCAGAUCAGCAUCAGAGGGGAAAGCCUGGCUGUUAAGCCUGGGGAAGACAUCACCUUCAUUGUCAGACAGGAGCAGGGCGAUAUAUUGAAUACCAAAUACCAGGUAGAUCUUGGAGAUGGAUUUAAGGCAAUAUAUGUGAAUCUUACAAUGACUGGAGAACCAAUUCGUCACCGUUACGAGAACCCCGGGAUUUAUCGUGUCUCGGUUAAGGCUGAGAAUGUUGCUGGGCAUGAUGAGGCCGUAAUGUUUGUCCAAGUUAAUUCUCCAUUACAGGCUUUAAGUUUGGAAGUGCUUCCAGUCAUUGGCAGAAACCAGGAGGUGAACCUGACAGCCAUCAUAUUGCCAAAGAAUCCUAAUUUGACAGUCUUCUACUGGUGGAUAGGAAACAGUCUUCAGCCACUUCUUACAUUGGAGAGUUUUUUGGUGGCAAGGUUUGCUGAGACAGGUGAAGUUAGAGUUACAGUGCAAGCUUCCUGUGGGAACUCCAUGCUUCAGGAUUCAAAGGUUGUCCAUGUUUUUGAUCAUUUUCAUGUUCUUUCUCUGAAGUUUACUAAGCACCUGGACAUGUACAACCCCGACAUACCAGAAUGGAGGGAAGACAUAGGGCGAGUAGUAACACGACUUCUUGCAAAGGAAACUAAUAUACCUGAAGAAACGCUUGUGACAGUUGUGAAACCUGGUCUGCCCACAACUGCUGACUUGCAUGUGCUACUACCAGCAAACCAGCCAAAGAGGAAGAUGAGUGUAACUAGUGAUAAGAGGAUAGCGGCUUUAAAGCAGGCCUUGAACGCGCACAACAUCAGUUUCUUUCUGCGGGGAGGACACUGGGUCUUAGUGACUUUAGCUGACUCCGAUUCAGACUCUGAAAGGCUUGGAGGAGGCAGUGGCUACUGGGCUAUUGUGGUUCUCUUUGUUAUCUGUCUAGUCAUAGUUGGGGCUUUCAUCCUCUACAAAUUUAAAAGGAAACUCCCAGGCAGAAAUGUCUACGCCCAGAUGCACAAUGAAAAGGAGCAGGAGAUGACAAGCCCUGUCAAUCACAGUGAGGACACUCAGAACAUCAUCCAGGGUGAGGAGUUUAUUGAUGAUGAUCUGGAUUCCCAAACACUAGGUAACGCAAGAGUGACUCCUUCUGGGAGAAGUGGCAACUUGAACAGCUACAGAGUUCCCCUAUUGCUGAUGCCGGUCAGUGUCCAGUCCCAGGCAAUCACUCAGGCGUGGUUUUGAGCAUCAACUCCAGAGAGAUGCACAGUUACCUGGUUAGCUGAUAUUUACAGCUGAACACAAAAACCGAAAGACACUUCUCUGUAUCGUUUUAUUUUUCCCUGAUGAUAUCACUAAAAUUUCAAAUAUGGCUGUAAAUGCUGGUGGAGAGGAGGUUCCUUAACAGUGCUGUGGAAAAAAGCAUCCAUCAUCAGUUACCAGGGAGAAGGAUAAUAUAUUUUGUGUUCUUCUAUGGCCUGGAAACUUGUUACAAUUCAAACUCAAAGUAAGGUAGCAAAUUUGUAGUCCUAGGCACAUUCAAAGACACAUUCUUUGUUUUCUCUGUAUAUGUUCUAGUUUCUUUGUGUUUAUUUUUAGAAGGAUUGUCUGUAACUUUUUAAUUAUAUUUUUAAUAGUGGUAAUCAGUGGAAGGCUGGGACUCUUCAGCUU